CCUCAUUCUUGCGUGCGCCAUUCAUCUUGUGUCAGAACCUCAAUCUGACAUUUCCUCAACUUGCCGGCAGUUAGCAUACACCUCUCCAGGGCAACAAUGGGCGAAGAGAUCUCCGACUUCGAGAAGCAGCGCCUGGCCAACAUUGCCGAGCGCGAUGCGCUGCUGAAGAAGCUCUCCCUGGAGGCGCAGUCCUCGGGUUUGUUCCCGCCCAAGAUGCAGCCCAGUCGGACGCCUUCGUCGCGGGACCAAUCCGCUCGCGCGAAGAAGAAGAAGACGCCCGUGAAGCGCGUCAAACAGGAGGAGGCGUCGCCGGUGCCGCGCCGCAUGUCGUCGCGGCUGCGAGGCAUUGCGGCGGAGAGCGAGGUCGCUAAGCGGAAAGCGGAGGAGGAAGACGCGGCGCUGCAGGCGGCGGAGCGGGCGAAGCGCGUGCGCAAGUCGGAUGCUUUCUCGUUCAAUGAAAUGGUGGUGUACGGACAGAAGCUGUCGGGGGAAAGUCUGAUCGGGGUGGAUGUGGUCACCAAGGGCGUGGCGAUGCCGUACCAGCGCACCUUUGACGAGGAGGAUAUCGAGCAGACAACUGACAAGGAGCUGAAAGCAUUGAGAGAGGAGAUGAGUGGGCUGAAGCUGUGGGAGGCGUGGGAGCCCAACCGCAUCAAGCUCACGCCGGAAAGAAUCUACACCAUGGCCUUCCACCCGACAGAGACCAAGCCGCUUGUCUUCGCGGGCGACAAACUCGGCCACCUCGGCAUUCUUGACGCCUCGCAAGAACGGACCAGCAUGAUCAAAGCCGAGGAAUCCAGCGACGAGAACGAGGACGACGAAGACCCAGAUCCCAGUCUCACCACCCUCAAGCCCCAUACCCGCACCAUCAGCUCCAUCUACAUCCACCCCUCCACCCCGACCCGCGUCUACACCGCCAGCUACGACAGCAGUAUCCGCGCGACCGACCUCGAGAAAUCCACCAGCGUCGAGCAGUACGCCCCGGAGUCCACGACGGACGAUGUCCCGAUCUCGGGCCUCGAUAUGGCCGCCGACGAUCCGCACGUUCUCUACUGGACGACCCUGGACGGGGAGUUCGGGCGCUACGACACGCGCCUCGCGCGCUCCAAGCCGCAAUCCGUGACCACCUGGCGACUCGCCGAGAAAAAGAUCGGGGGGUUCUCCCUCUACCCAGCCCGACCGCACUACUUCGCAACCGCCUCGCUGGACCGGUCCAUGCGCCUCUGGGAUCUCCGCAUGCUGCAAGGCCCGGUAAAAACACCCCCAACACCCUCUGGACGCUCGACCCGACGCCAGCAGCAGCAGCAGCAGCAGGACGAAGUCAACAACGAGGACAAUAACAACGACGACGAGACACAAACAUGGACCCCAAUCGGCGAGCACUACAGCCGCCUAUCCGUCUCGCACGCCGCCUUUAAUAGCGCAGGGCAGAUCGCUACCUCCUCGUACGACGACACCAUCAAGAUCUACGACCUCAGCGGACCCAAGGGUAUCAACUCCUGGACCAAGGGCCAUACCCUCUCCGAAGACGAGCUCAAGCCCCAAACAGUCGUCCGGCAUAAUUGCCAGACAGGAAGAUGGGUGACGAUCCUCCGUCCCCAAUGGCAACAAAACCCCCAAUCCCACAUCCAGCGCUUCUGCAUCGGCAACAUGAACCGCUUCGUCGAUGUAUACAGUGCCUCGGGCGAUCAAUUGGCUCAGCUCGGCGGCGAGGGCAUCACGGCCGUGCCGGCGGUCGCGGUCUUCCAUCGGAGUAAGAAUUGGGUGGCCGGCGGGACGGCUAGCGGGAAGAUUUGUCUGUGGAUGUGAAUUGCAGUACAGUCUUGGGGCUGGGCUCAUUCUCUCAUCAUUUAUUCGACGCUUCAAGUAUGAGUUGGGUUACUUACAUGUUUGGAGAAGCGCGCUGGUGAUUUGGGGUUUGGUUUGGGCCGUCGAAAGGGGGUUGGGAGGUGGUGGAUUGUUCGGUGAGCGGCCGUGGAUAGAUGUGGGUAACUUUGUUAGUUCAAGUUGUAUUUCCACUGCCUGGGUGCGAGGCAAGUGAAUGCGCAUGCGCGUGAUGGGGAUGGGGUUCAAUGAUGAAUCACGGGUCUUCAUGCAUAAUCAAGCAAGCGGUUCAACCUGGC